AUGGCUCAUACCAUCAGACUCGGUAUCUGCACUGUGGCUCAUACUGAAGAGACAGAGCCACGGCCCAGAGAGUACAGCAUUCAGUCCGCCAAGGAGAAGGACUGGCUUAAGCUCCUCUAUCAGAUCUGCCUUGACUGGGGCACCAACCCUAGCAAAGAAACCGUGGUAAUUCAUACACCGGGAGACUGCACCUCGAUUCUGGGGCAUCAUCCGCUGAACACAUGGGCAUCACAUCACGGUACAGCUCAGAUGCUAUGCGUUCAUUACGAAUCGCACGAAGGAGGCAUCCUGAGCAUGAUGAUCCUGAAUCACCUGACGCUCACGCUCUGCAGUGAAGAUACUUCUGAAGGUAGCGUUGGACAAGGUGUCCUGAAGAUGGAUUCAAUCAACAAGCGGGCCGACCUCUCCGACGAACUCCAGUGGGAAAGUCUGCAAGCCAGGGUGUGCACAGAGUUCGGCCGUGACCCCAAGCCCGAUUUCGAUUGGCUCGAGCUCUAUGAAGUGCAUUUCACGCGCAAGAGCACUCCGACCAAGACAGCAGACCAGAACACAUCUCAUGAUCAGACGAGUUCCACCAGCGCGACCAAUGGCCAAGGUGUUACCUCCUCUGCCGAGGAGAUACCCGAUGGACCCCCUUUUGACCUCCAAAUCAAUCCAGUGAAAGAGGGAGGCCGCAACAUCAUAGACACUCCGGCAUUUGAAGGACGCUAUGGUUCGCGCCGUGAGGGUGAGCCUCAGGCAAAUGCAGUGAUGAGGCUAGGCACUAGACCUGAUAAUCGGUUUGCCACAAUACACGACGAUGCUGUGCCCAUGACACAUGUCGUAGGGGUCGAAGUAUGGUGGGAUUCCGACAUCGAGGAAUCGCUCUUCAAACUGCGCGAGACAGAAUCCUGGUUCGUCAACGGUAUGAGUAUUGGUGACUGGGAAAAUGGGACACUCUUCGAGCAGAAGGACGAAAUAGACAACCUGUGGGACAAGCUUGAGCUUGAUGACAUGUUCGUUAGCACCGAAACCUUCGAAGAGCUUACACGUGCAGUGCAUGCCUUUGUCUCACUAGGCUACGAAGAAAUUCCUUUGGCCACUUACCUUAGGUUGCAGGAAGACUAUCCCGACUACGACAAAAUAAACCUGGCAGUUGCUCCACCGCUCAUUCCAGACACAACGCAAGCAGCAUAUCCGGGCGCUGAGAAUCCUGACCCCGACAACGAGCCCAUACAUACUGUCAUUCGCUUCAGGAACGUGCUAGCAGACGAAGACAUAACACUCGAAGUCAAGCUCCAGGCUACGAUCACGGAUUGCGACGAUAAAGCGGCAGAAAUGAGGAAAUACAUCUACGAAGGGCCUCAAGACGAGAAUGACCAGUGCGACGCAAAGCUGGGGAUACUAUUGCCUUUCGAAGUCUACGUUUUGCCACAGACACCAGACCAGAGUACCUUGAUGUACCGCUGGGACAACGACGCGAAUGAGAACAAGACCGCGAGACAGUUCCUGGACCAACAAGUUUCACAAGAAUACGAUCGACGUCUGUAUCUUGAGGUCCACAUCAUACCUGACCCGGAAUGGAAGAAGAAGAAUGCAGAAUGGAAGGUGAUCUUGCGGCAGAGGAAGGAGCAGAAAGAGGAGCGGGAAAGGAGAGAGCGGGAGAAGAAAAUGGUAGAACUGGUUCCAAGAAGAGAACAUCGGCGAGAAGCAUACAAGCUGGCAAGAAGGGACGGAGCGCCUCUGGGACAAAGAAAAGACCAGGUCAUCGUAUAA